AUGGCGGCACGGAUGCACCGCCUUCUGUCGGCAGUGGCCAGUCUGGAUGGAUCUCAUGUCAGACGGUCCCGGCGCUUCCUGCUGCUGCUGGUGGGGGUGAUUGGCCAGCUGUCUAUUCAGGAAGAUCUUGUGGGAAAUUGCUUCACAGGAGCCACAGGCUCUCGCCCUCGAAGGGCCUGCGACUCCACCGUGCUCGCUGCCUCGCGACGAGAUGUUCUUCUGGGCACGGGCGCCGGCCUCGCCACCGACACGAAGCCCGUCUGUGAGGUGCCCAUGCGGCGCCUAAGUCGGGUGCAGGGCCAAGUCGGGGGCCAGUUUGUGAGCAUCGGCGCUGUGAUCCAGGGCGAGUCGGUGGAGCUGAUGCUGGAUAGCGGCCUCAGCGAAGCGCUGGUGACUCCCGACCUCGCGAGACGCUUGCGCCUGCGCUCCUUGGGAUCGGCGCAGGGCGAGGCCGCGGGCGGAGCGGAGACCGUUCAACUCGUUGAGGUUACCGAUGUAAGUCUCGCCUGUGGCGAGAAGCUGCCGCCGCUAAAAGCUGCGGUGACAAGCUUUCCGCAAGAGGCGGUGGACACGAACGUGCCGCUGAGCGGCAUGUUAGGCUUCCAGGCCUUCCAAGGCUACGAUGCGGAGUUCGACUUUUCCGCUGGAAAGCUUCGGCUUUGGCGCCCUGGUGCGGGUGUGGCGAUGGCGCGAGCCCAAGGCAUGCGAGAAGUCCAGGGCGUGCUCUUACCAGAGCUCGGAAUCCUUGGGAUUCGGGUGAUGCAGCCGGGGAGCAGCGGCGCCGCUGCGGCUCUGGGCAUCGUGGACACUGGGGCGGCCUUCUCCGCGAUGAACGACGCCGCUGCGCGGAGCCUCCGAGUCUCGCCGGAGCCCGGCGUCGCGAUGAUGGUCAUGGGGGUGGACGGGCGGCCGCUAAAGCUGCCCCUGGCCAAGAAUGUGAAGCUUCCACUGGGGGGCGCUCAACGUGAGGCCGGUGGAUGGGAGACGGCCGUGACCCUCGCGACAGAUGCGACUGCUGUAGGCAAUCUCCCCGCCCUGGCCGCCUUUGUGGGGGACGAGUCUAAGCCCUGUGUCCUUUUGGGAUUAGAUGUGCUUUCUCAGCGUCGUAUCCUCUUUGCAUCAGGUGACGAUCCCCGCAAACAACUGCUUUUUGUGGAUGCCAAGUAA